CCUAGUUCGUAAACCAACGUAAACAAGAUCCCAAGCAACAAACGAAGUUUUUUGAAAGAAUUUGAAUCUAUUUAUUUAUGAAAUAUUAUGUUUUUCUUGAUGAAACGAAGGCUUAACCAAUAAGCUUUCGUAUGACAAACUUACGCAAAAAUUAAGGACGUGUAAAAUGCUCUGUUAGGCCAGUUAGGGUGUUGUUUUCAUGAAAUUUUAGUGUUGUUGAAUGGGUUUCAAUGGACGUCGACAGUGGCUUAUGCUUUUAUACAGUCGUAUGACAAAGAAAGCGGGAUUUUGGAAAUGGUAAGAUGUCUGCAAAAGGCGAAAGGAUUUUGCUAGUAGUAUUUCUAUUUGGAAUUACCAGCGUUUGUUUGCGAACAUUAGCUGUAAAAGUGGAGCCAUAUUCUUCUCAAGCAAAAGCAAAACAAAGCAUCAAUUUGAACCAUCCUGAAAUUGCAUCGACUUUCAAACGCUUCGAAGAAAAUGCUCCAACACUUAUUAAACUACUGCAAGCAAUUUGCGAAGUGUUAUUCGCUGGAUUGUGGAUUUUAGAUACAAGUCUAAACGCCUUUCUUUGGCUGUUGAAUGAGACAGUCGGCUCUUGCACCGAUUUGUGUAGUCGUAUUUUCGGUAUACUCAUUAAUGUUGUCAAACUCUUAGAAGCAUUUGGUUUUGUGGUCAAAUUCUUGCUGGAAUUAAACUACACCUUGCUGUCAUAUAUAUUUGAUACAUUUGGUUGCUUACGGGCUGGUCUACACGAUGCCGUCACUUUGGUAAAAAUAACAAUUGCAAACCAAACAGAACAUAUGUAUGAAUCAAGCUCCAUGGCAUUGGAGGGUGUGCAGAAUUUAUUCCUAACUGCAUGUAACCAGACGUGGGUUAAUGUCCGAUACAUUUCCUCCAUCGUAACGACCAAUUUUACGCCACCGUUCGGUCUGUCGGCUUUGGAUUUCAGCUUGCUCGUGUCGAUGUUUCUGGCAGGGUUAGAAUUCUUUGUCGAGUCGGUUAAAAUGAGCGGUGUAAUUUUUAAAGAUGGGAAUAUAUUCCUACUCAACUAUAUUUAUGGUACCCUUUGUAAAGUUGGUGGAAGUGUUUUGGAAUAUAUUGUUGCUUUUGUUUGUUGUAUAAGAGAUGCUGUUACCAUGGUUACAACUCAGAUUCUGUACACAGUGACUUUACCGUUUUAUUUUCUUGCUAGCAUAGUAUCGAAUAUUUUGCGUAUGUUGUAUUACUCUUGGCAAGCAUUCGUGAAUUGGGUUGGUUAUAUAGAUUCAUCAAUUCGAGAGAUAAUGUACUCAAUAUUACAAACUAUUGGGCUAGGUUUAUCAAGCCUUGUUUGCAAUAUAAAAGGCGGUUUAUACAACCUUAUUUACACUAUCACAAGAUGUUUAUCUGGUCUUGUUUACGUUAUUAUCGGAGCUAUAUCAAGCAUUGUUUAUGGUAUUACUGGAUUUAUAACCGCAUAUAUCCCAGGCGGGUUUCUCGGAUGCAUUGCAUUGGCUUCCAUUUUAACCGUACUAUAUUUAUGGCAUAAAGAGAUAACGUCCCUUCUUGUGUCCUCCUGGAUCAGCUUGAGACGAAUGAACGAAAAUGCAAGACCAAUUGCAGGUGAACAUCAACCAUUUAACGACGAACAAGACUUUGACAUUCAAGGUGUAGAUAUAGCAGCUCGAAACAUGCCUGAGCCACCUUUAGACAGAGAAAUGCCGCAAAACCAAACUAAGCUAAACUAUGAACUAGAACGUGAAAAAGACAAACGACUGUGUGUAAUAUGUCAGGACAAUGUCAAGAAUAUUUUGUUGAUGCCGUGUCGACAUGUUUGUAUGUGUCAACAGUGCCUGAACGAGAUAAGACAAGGACGUGUGCAGUUAGCGCAAUGUCCGCUCUGUAGAACACAAAUUCAGUCAACUUUAGAAGUGUUUGUGUAGUUUUUAUGCUUUGUACAUAUGCGUUGUAAAGGGUUUUAUGCUUUGUACAUUUUUAAAUAAAUUAGCACUAAAUAAUGAAGAAGAAAACAGACAAAUGCCGCAAAACCAAACUAAACUAUGAACUAGAAUGUGAAAAAGACAAAAUAUUGUGUGUAAUAUGUCAGGAUAAUGUCAAGAAUAUUUUGUUGAUGCUGUGUCGACAUGUUUGUAUGUGUCAACAGUGCCUAAGACAAGGAUGUGUACAUGCAGUUAGCGCAAUGUCCACUCUGUAGAACACAUAUUCAGUAAGCUUUAGAAGUGUUUGUAGUUUUUUAUGCUUUGUACAUAUGCGUUGUAGAGGGUUUUAUGCUUUAUACAUUUUUAAAUAAAUUAGCACUAAAUAAUGAAGAAGAAAUUGAACUAUUAAUUAAUGUAUAACCAUUUCUAAUUCACCCCCCCCCCCCUUUCCCUAAUUGAGAAUUUUAUUUACUUUGACUGAAGUUCCCCUGAUUUAGCAAAAUUAUGGCAUUACUCAGGCAAAAUCAAACUGGUCCCUAAAUUAGAUUAUCUACAUAUUUAAUUAAGAUAUAUCUGAACACAUUAUUAUUUACAUUAAUAAAUAUUUUUUACAUUAAAUCACAUGCCUUUAUAUAUUAAAUUAUUUGUUAAAUAUAUACUUUCAAAAACAAAGAAUAAGUUAAGGCCAGCAAAAGGUAGUCUGUUUGCACUGGGCUACCAUGUGCCUCCUUUAUUUGCAAUACUUUGGCUUCACUUCCUUACCAUAAAUGCCAGUCCAGUUAUAUAUAGAGCUCACUGCAAUUCCCCAAUCAAACUAUCCAACUUCUUCUAGAGAUCAGCGAGCUCUGAAAAUAUUAGUCCAGUUAUAAAUUGAGCUCACUGCCAUUCCAUCAAACAUUCCAACUUUUUAUAGAGAUCAGAACACUCUCCAACUGAACAUGGUAGUCCAGUUAGUUAUACAUACAGCUCAACAUGCCUAAUCAAACUUUUAUACAGAUCAGUAGACAUACGAGUGAACAGUAAGCUUUAUAUGUUACUGGAAUGAUAUCAGACGUCCCAAAACUCCAUCAAAGAAUAGUACAAACGGUUGUUUGACGUUGGUUCCGUGGUGGUGCUACCCUGCGACGAUUUGCUAUGAAAAAGACAAAUUGAAUCAGGAUGUAAUGUCAACCUAAUCGGAUAUCAUGAUCAGUGCCUGUGUUAGCGUCAAUUAGGUUCAAGUACGAUCUUGAAAAAGCUCAGUAGUUAAUUAUGCACCUAUCAAUGUUAAUCCCGAGGGAGGGGGGGUCGGGCAAGGGGUGGGGAUUUGACAUUUUUACAAAAAAAAAUGUCAAAUGCCACUCCCUCGGGAGAAAAUUCCUGGGCAAAAUUCCCCACCCCCGGGAUGAAAUUGUAUUACUGAAGUAUUUGGUUUCUGGUGCACUCUAUAUGUCAGGU